GGUCUGCUGUCGUGCUCUCAGAGUGCGUCUUGCAUGCCGGGGGCCGGGGUGGCCGAGCCGGCCGCUCUGCGCUGGCUGGGCGUCGCGGUCGCCGCGCUCGUGCUCCUGGCCGCUCUUCUCGGCAACCUACUAGUGCUGGCGGUAGUGUGCCGGUUUCGGCGCAUGCGGUCGCCGACCAAUGUUCUACUCGCGAGUCUCGCCACAGCCGACAUUGCCGUCGCGUUACUCGUGAUGCCACCGAGACUCGCCUACGACCUGGUGCGCGCCUGGCGACUGGGACUGCUUGCCUGCCGCUUGUGGAUCUCGUGCGAUGUCAUGUGCUGCACGGCAUCCAUCCUGCACCUGCUUGCCGUGGCACUGGACCGGUUCUGGGCUAUAACACGUCCACUGCGCUACCGAGUGUCCCGGAGGCGAUUGGCGCUCGCCGUGGCUGCCAUCUGGCUCUGCUCGGCCGCCAUCUCGUUCGUGCCCGUACUGCUGGGAUGGCACGCUGACGGCAGCGCACCGGACGCCUCCGACUGCGGCCUGCGCGUCAACGCCGUGUAUGCACUCGUGUCAUCGCUGACCUCCUUCUACCUGCCGCUGCCGGUGAUGCUGUAUGUGUACCUACGCAUCCUGCUAGUUGCUGGACGCCAGGCCCGUCAGAUCCGGCUCCUGGAGCGCUCGCUGGCUGGACCUUCACCGGGCCUACGCCGGAGCCUGCGGCGCCGUUCCAAGCAGCUGCUUCAUGACACCAAGGCGGUCCGCUCCCUGGGCAUCGUGCUGGGCGUGUUCUGCGCCUGUUGGCUGCCCUUCUUCCUCAUGUACCUCAUUACGGCCUGCUGCCCAGCCUGCGACCUCGGUUAUGAGUGGAGCUGCGCCAUCACGUGGCUUGGCUACUCCAACUCUGCCUUCAAUCCGUGCAUCUACGCCUUUUUGAACCGCGAUUUCCGGGCAGCCUUCCAAGAGCUGCUGGGAUGUGGCUCUCGUCGGCGCACUGCCGACGCGAUGCUUGGCCCGGCGCGGCGACGUUCACUCAUCAAACCACCACCGUCGUGCGCACAUGCCGUGGCAACAGCCGUUUCCACUACGGCACGCGUCGCAUCCAUGGACUGCACGAAGGACUCCUCUGAGGCCGAGCGCCGCUAGGGCCCGUCCAACAGCUGCAGCGCGCCCGACUCAGCCGUCUAACCGCGUUGUCCGCAAACUAUAGCGUGCGCUCGCACUCACCAGCACCUCGCUGCCGCAACCAGUCGGUCGUGGUUCCGGGCGUCAAGAACCAACCCGAGGACAGGAAGACAAAUGGAUAAGCAGCACUCGUCUGUCAGCAUCGCUGAUAUCAAGCAGCGCUAGAAGACAUUUCUUGAUGAAGCAACCGACAUGGCGGCUGUCCCGCUCCUUGGAUCUGCGCUGACGGUGUGUGGUAUGUGCCAAAAACGUCACCCCUCUGGUGCAUUGAUACAUAAGCGAUCUGGCACGUUAUGUUAAAAAGCUCAUCGUGUAUUUCAUUGUAAUAUGUGUUUUUGACGUCGAGCACUCUUCACUCCCCGUCAUUGCAUGCCCUUCAACGUUGUGGCGUCGGCCUGGUCGUGUUCACAUCAUUCCACUAGGUGUCCAGGUGUUUUGGACGUUUGUUCAUCCAAAGUAUUCGUGAGGCCUCAAGGCGAAGACGUUCACAAGGCACGGGUGACGAAUAGUGUGUUCAAACUACGCAUGGCCGUGAGCGCAAUCGUGCCGAAACCAGAGGAGCUGGAAUCUGCUUUGAAAUUUCGCUCGGAAACCAGGGUCCUUAUCAUUGUCCGAGAUAAAUGCGACCGCAAGAAAGCGUAAGUUGCUUCAAACACAGUUGGUAGACCUUCGUCCCUCGGUGGUUGCAGUACUGCGGGACACUGCAAAACAUACUUGCUGUGACAACUGCCCAGUGCAAUAUUACAUGCUGGAGAACUGAUGAACUGUUUUGACGUGUACCAAGCAGCGGGCACUGCUUUGUGCACGUCUAAACAUAGCGCGCCUCUGUCUGCGCAAGUGUAAAUAUCCACUUACUCGUCCACCUCGCUGUAUCGUCAUUUGGGGGAGGGAAACGUGGAAGGAUACGAGAAAGCAUUGUUCUAUCUUGUGUUUAGUGAACGUGUAUUUGCGUAGUUAAUAAAAGGGAAACUCCCAGAAGCGACGUUGUAGGUCGAAGCACAAUUUCUUCGUACUUAAUACAACAAGAGUGCUGACACGAAACGACUCGUCUCAUAUGCACACAACUAACAGAGCUUGCUCAAAAAAAAAAAAAAGAAGAACGAGAAAAUGCACGCUUGUCUCCUACCAACUUGAAUAGGGUAUCGGCUCACAAGCGGUUGUUUAUCCCUUUCCUACAUUUUCUUUCACCACUUCCUUACUGAGUCUUUAGCGCAAUAUAGAAACGCAGCCAAAGAAA